AUGACUUGCGCGUUUGAAGAUGGGAAGGAACGUCCUAUUUUAACGGACAUGGACGUUGCUACCAUUAUCUCCCUAGAGGACGACCCUACUCUCCCAGCAUCCACAUUUCGCAUGCGGUUCGUCGGUAUCGGGCUAUCAUGCUUCGGUACCGUUCUUGGUCAAAUAUUUGUAAGGCCAUCUCUACGCUUUGAUAAGACCAACCUGACACAGCUUGAUAUUAAGAAACAUGUCGCAACAACUAUCUUCUCUACGACUGCCGCUGAAUUUGCCCUUGCCAUUAGCAUACUGUUUGCCGAAGAUGACUUGUACUACAGUAUUCAAGUACGCGGUAUCAAUUCCGCCAAAAAUUGUCGUCGUCUUCUGGAUUCACAUCCAAAUGCCGCUGUCGAAAAUUUCACUCUCAUUGACAGCCAAGUUAUCAGAUACGGACCGGGCGGCAUCAUGCGCUCGUUCUUUGUCUACCCACGUGCCUCGUCUUUCCCAACCUGCUUCCUACCGUGCAGCUUUUCGACGCCCUUCACGAGGCAAGAAGAUAUUUCUCCGGAAAAAAUGCGUCCGGUCCUUUUGGAGUAUCUUCGUCUGGGAAGGAUUUCCCGAGUAUUUAUCCCUGACCCUGACGGGGAUAAGCGUCUUCUGUUUGGCGAAUAG